AAUGAAGCUCUCUGUGAUGUUGGCUGUGGUCUGUCUGCUGCUGCAUAGCUGCCUGGUUGAAGGCCAAGGUUCAACCGUUGCCGGUACAACUGCUGCUGGCGGCACUCUUCCUCCCGGUGCUACACCACCGCCAUCUGUAGACUGUUAUGUGUGUAGCACAAACGUCACUAAUGAUGCCUGUGCUAGCGCUACGACUGGGUCUGGCACUUCAUGUACUGGAGCCUGCAUCGUUAAGCUCGAGGACGAUGAUGCCGGUAACCUCGUGAGCCUUGAUAGGGAGUGUGAUACCGCAGGCUGCAACACCGACAACGACAAUAGUGUCUUCUCUCAAGAUACAAGUACAGGCGGAAAAGAAUACGAAAAGUGCUGUGCCGAGGACGACUGCAACAACUUCAGUGCUGAUGACCUGAGGAGCAGCGCUGGAAAGCUGACCGCUGGACUGGCUGCCGUCUUGUUCGGCGCCAUUUGCCUGUUGGUGCUGUAGAAAAAAAGCACCUGGCUCGUGUGUUCUGUGUGCUUUGUUGUUGGUGUUUCCAUUUGAGAAAGUAUUAUACAUACAAGUCUCUGAUCAUGGCAGCUGAAGAGUAAAACGAAUGUAAAGCAAAAUAUCAACACAUAAAUUAACAAAAGUAUGAAAAUAAAUUGACGGCUGAAAAUUGAAGAGGUCACUGUUGAGUGGUAACAAUAGAUAAUUAAAAAAAUUCAAAACAACAUUCAAGUUGGCAAGGACUCCAUGUGACGUCGUAAAAUGCCAACAAUAAGAACCUUAAAACAAUAAAACAUAUUGCGUUUGCUGAUGUUAUUUUACUUUUAAACAGUAUUAAUAUUUUGUUGCAAAGAAGGACUACUGUAACAAUGCAUUACAUGGCAGUAAGAGAGGGACGGAGAUGACACUAUAUGGCGGGCAGUUCGGCCAAUGACAUCACCCAUGGAGGAUGGUAGAGUCCAGAGAAGUGGGUGUGAGGGUUAGGGCUGUCAGGAGAGGUGUACCGGCCUGGUCUAUGUCGGCCAUCCAUGCAUUAAAGUUGGUGAACAUCAUG